GGAUGGAUGAGUGUGGGCGGGCUUGUGGCCGACUCCGCACGUGGGAUGGGGUGCCCCUCCCAUCUCUAAACUUUCCACUCCAAACACCACACAAUGUCGUCACUCUUCUCUUCCUUUCCUUGUCUUCUCCCUCAUCUAAUUAAUUUCUCCUUUCUCCCUUCUUCUUCUUAUCUUCUUCCCCCCCUUUUCUUGGUUUUUCCUUGCUUUUCGAUUACUUACCAAAAAUCAAACUCGAAUCUUAGUCGAUCCCCUCAUACCCUUCGUCUCACAGCUCUCUGUGCAUUAAUAUUUAUAGCUCUAGAAACCAGGAUUUCUGCCGAUAAAAGGUAAACAUACAACAUUUUCAAGAAUGUCGUCUCCAAGUAAGAGGAGGGAUAUGGAUGUUAUGAAAUUGAUGAUGAGUGAUUACACAGUGGAGCCAAUAAACGAUGAAAUCAACAAGUUCAAUGUCGAAUUCCAUGGUCCAAAAGAAAGCCUUUAUGAAGGUGGAGUCUGGAAAGUUCGUGUGGAGCUUCCAGAUGCUUAUCCUUACAAGUCUCCUUCCAUUGGGUUUCUAAACAAAAUAUUCCACCCAAAUGUUGAUGAACUGUCCGGUUCUGUAUGUUUGGAUGUCAUCAACCAGUCAUGGAGUCCAAUGUUUGAUCUUUUAAAUGUCUUUGAGGUUUUCCUCCCUCAACUCCUGCUUUACCCGAAUCCAUCAGACCCCUUGAAUGGCGAUGCAGCAUCACUGAUGAUGAAGGACAAGAAGCAAUAUGACCAAAAAGUGAAAGAGUAUUGUGAGCGGUAUGCAAAGAAGGAAAACAUCAGCACACAGAAAGAAGAGAGCGAUGAGGAGCUUAGUGAUGAGUAUCUUAGUGGGCAAAGUGAUAGCGAAGAUGAAGUUGCUGGACAUGCAGACCCGUAAUGGAAUGGCGUGGAUUUGAAUAAGAUGUUAUUUCCAUGCCGCAGGUUCAUUCAACCCCUUUAUUGUAUUACUACAUUCUUAUGUAAAUCUAGGACAUGAUCACAGGGGCAUAGUCUUUCUUAGUGAAUCAGUUCUUGUUACUUAAGAUGAUCAAAAGAUGAACUGUUUUAGAAUGAAAAUGGUAACAGUGUUUAAAUUGUCUGUAACUCUGCCAACUGGAUAUGCAAAGGGUAAUGUAAGUAUCUGACUUUUGUAUUCUACUACCAA